GUACUGCGCAUGCGCAAAAUGCAGGAGGCACAAGUCGAAUGUUUAUGUUUGUGCUGGCUGGAUGAAAUGGGACUGGAGAGCUAAUAUACGCACUAUCAAAGUCACCGAUCACCGCUGUAACUCUGCAGGUGGGCACACGACAAAGCAUUCACCAAAUAAAUUUUGUAACUGACCACGUCAAAAUGAUUUUAACCACGGCCAUGGAUGUCAGUCACCUUGAAGCAGACCGCCUCGAAACGACACAAUGGGGAACACAAGCAGUGAGAGGGCUGCCAUGGGCCACGGGGACAAGAUCCAGCGGAGGGACAGCAGGGGCACCAAGGAUGGCGAGAGGCCCAAAAUUCUCAUGGACAGCCCUGAAGAUGCAGAUAUUUUUCACAGUGAAGACCUGAAAGCCCCCUUAGAGAAAGAAGAGUUCCUUGCGUGGAGGCAAGAUUUAGACGUGGAAGACAAAGACCCAACUUUAGACCGACCAACCGUCUUUCGCUGGAAAGGUGACGGCAAAGAGGUCUACCUGUCUGGAUCCUUUAACAACUGGGCCAAUAAGAUUCCCCUUAUUCGCAGUCAAAACACUUUUGUGACCAUUGUGGAGCUACCUGAAGGUGAACACCAGUACAAGUUUUACGUAGACGGGCAGUGGACUCACGACCCAGCUGAGCCUGUUGUAACAAGUCAAAUGGGUACAGUCAAUAACAUCAUCCAGGUGAAGAAAACGGACUUUGAGGUGUUUGACGCUCUCAUGGUGGACUCGCAGAAGUGCUCAGACAUGUCAGACCUCUCCAGCUCUCCCCCUGGGCCGUAUCACCAGGAUGCGUACGUUCCAAAACAAGAGGAAAAGUUCAAGUCUCCACCCAUACUCCCGCCUCAUCUGCUCCAGGUCAUCCUUAACAAAGACACUGGAAUAUCCUGUGAUCCUGCACUCCUUCCAGAGCCAAACCACGUCAUGCUCAACCACCUCUACGCUCUCUCCAUUAAGGAUGGCGUGAUGGUGCUUAGCGCAACGCAUCGCUACAAAAAGAAGUACGUCACCACCUUACUAUACAAACCCAUCUGACAGAUUUACCUGUGAAGUCAAGUAGCAAUACUCGUCCACCUACGGAUGGAUAAAACCUUUCACCUGUUUAAUCUACUAUAUGGUACACUGUUGACAAAUGUUGAAAUCUUUUGUUAUCGCAUUCAUUUCACACUGUUGAGAUUGGCACUUUGUAGACAAGAAGACUUGAGAAAAAUAGUAGGAACAAAAUAAUUACAUUUGCGAUUCAUGUAAUGUUUUUUUUUUUUUUUUUGCAAGGACAGCAUUGUUUAGGAGUACCCGUGUGCACAGGUUGUGAGAUGGAGUCACUUGACUUUGCACAAAAGUUUUCACCUUUAGGAUGGAUCAUUUCUAUUCACAGGCACCUAUUUUCUGUUCAAGACACAUCUCACGUAAAUCCUGUCUGCUUUGUAAAUACUCACAUGGAACGUGUGAGUAUUUAAUUAAUAAUUAUUAAUAAACUUAUUCAAUAAGUUUCAGCGAACGACAAAAAAAAAAUACCACUUAUGACAACAAACCUGUUUUAUUUAUUUUUUUAUCGCCUUAACAUUGUUAAAAAAACUAUAGAAAGAUGAUAUUGCAAUAUAUCAACAAAGUCAUCGACACCAUUAUUAUAUGACAUCAGAUUUUCAAUAUCACAGUGUAGCUGACACUUAGGAUGCCUUCCAAUGCACUUUUCCUGGUCGGGGGUUUUGACAUUAGUGACUUGCUAGUUUUAUGGACUGGAGCGAGAGCUUUCGGAGGUC